AUGGGAACACAUAUAAUUCCAACUGGAGGAAUCACCCGAAUUUCUCAAGGGGUGGGAACCAGACUACUCAGAAUCAAUACAGGCCUCAAAGGAACUAUAAUCAGCCUCAAAAGUCACUAUAAUCAGCCUCAAAAGUCACCUCAACAAGUAGAAGAAAGUACUAAUGAUAUGUUGAAAAAGAUAUUGAUUGACAACCAACAGCUUCGACCAGAUAAUCAACAAUUGAGGACUGAAUUUCGAAAUAUAGAGAGGCAGAUCGGGCAGUUGGCUGCACAACAAAAUACUCGGCAUGCAGGGGCCCAUCCCACUGAGAAAGAAAUUGACGAAAGUGAAAAGACUCUGAUUGCAAGGCCACCACCUCCUUCCCCACAAAGAUUGCAGAAGAAAAGUGAUGACAGGAUGUUUAACAAAUUUCUUGAUAUGCUGAGCCAAAUUCAAUUGAAUCUCCCAUUGAUUGAUAUGCUAUGUGAAAUCCCAAAAUAUGCUAAGUACAUAAAAGAUGUUAUGGCUAACAAAAGGAGGUUGACAGAGUUUGAGAUUGUGGCACUAUCUGAAGAGUGCACCUCGAGAAUUCAAAGAAAAAUGCCGCAAAAGUUGAAAAAUAUGGGAGCUUCACCAUACGUGUUUGAAUUGGUGAGGUAG